AUUGGGCAAAAGGAAGUAAAACAAAACCCACCUUACCAAGUAAUCUUCUCCGUAUAAAUCUCUCGCCGACCUCAAUUUCGAUAAAAAGUUCAAUACUUUUUACAUUUUUCGCUCAAUUCAAUCCGACUCUUUUAACAAUGGUUGGUCUAACUCCAGCUGAGGAUCGUUCAGAGAUUGCUUUCUUCGACCUCGAGACGACAAUUCCGUUCCGACCUGGUCAGCCGUACGCGAUUCUGGAGUUUGGAUCGAUCUUGGUUUGUCCAAAGAAGCUAGUUGAGCUACGAAACUACUCCAUCCUGGUUCGACCUGCUAAUCUCGACUUCAUCACGCCUCGCUCGGUUAAGUGCAACGGUAUCAAACGUGAAGACGUCGAGCCAGCUCCUAGUUUUGCAGAUAUAGCUGACACUGUCUUCGAUAUUCUCCAUGGAAGGAUAUGGGCUGGUCACAAUAUAUUGAAGUUCGAUUGUCCAAGGAUAAGAGAAGCAUUUGCUGAGAUUGGACGAGAUCCACCUGUGCCAAAAGGCACCAUUGACUCGUUAGCUUUGCUUACUCAAAGGUUUGGGAGGAGAGCUGGUGAUAUGAAGAUGGCGACUUUGGCUAAAUACUUUGGACUUGGCAACCAGACGCAUAGGAGUCUGGACGAUGUCAGGAUGAAUUUGGAGGUUCUCAAGUAUUGUGCUACUGUUUUGUUCUUGGAAUCAAGCCUUCCAGAUGAACUUAUAGAGAACUCGGUUACUACUACUCCAGAAACAAGUUCAAGAAGGCGUAGGAAUAUCAAAACAUCUCCUCUUCAAUCUCCCACUGAUCAGAAGACAGGAGAAAACAGUACAACUAUACCUAUUUUAUCAUUUGUUUCAUCCGCAGAAGCUCAAACGGAUCCGUUUGAUAUGAGCACUUUGAAAAACGAAAUAGCGCCAGAGGUUCUUCAAUCAGAUUUUCCCAUGGAAGAAAAAAAUCAGCAGUCUGAGGCUGUUGCCUCUGAGUCUGAGGGUACCAGUGACCAGGAAGGAUUCUUUGAGCUAGAUAAAAUAUCUAUUUCAAGUAUCAGAGCUACUCAUAUCCCAUUAUAUGAUGGGAGCCAAACAAUGAAGCUACAGCUCUUCCUUGGGGACAAACCCCUUCAGCUCCAUUGUCCUCGUCUGAAAGUACGGUUUGGAAUUAAUGGGAAAUUUAUGGACAAAGCUGGGAGACGGAGGCUGAACUUUUUAGUUGAUCUGUAUCCCAGUCUCUGCAGUGUACUGCAAGAAUGUGACAGUGCUGCACAAACAAUAUCUGUUGAUUCAGGCAGUGGUUCUGAGUGGAACCCAGCGGUCAUGCCAAUGAAAGAAUUUCUGAACUGUCCUACCGCAAGGAUACAUGUACCCACAGAGUUUAAUGGGGAUGUAGACCGGUAUGCAGCUGAGAUACACCAGAAAGAGUUCUCUGGAGCUACCGCUAUUCAGAAACUCAUUUCUUGCAACCCGAAGGCUGAGGAGCUUGAGUCUUUGUUGAAUCGUGGAACCGUUCUGGACGCUUUCUUGUCUCUGGAGCCAUACGAUUAUCAGCAGAGAGCUGGAAUCCGUUUAGUUGCCAAAAAGCUAGUUAUACAUCAGUAAACAUUACUCAAUAGCACCACAGAGAGUAAGUUAAGAAAUUAGAGUUUAGUGGACUCUAGGGAUUAGUUUAUGUACUCAUGAAAGACCAAUACAGAACUGCUGUUCAGUAGAUAGCUAAAUUAUGUUCUUAGUUCCAAAUUACUUGCUAUCCAGAUUUAGAUUUGUCAUAUGCACAUGGUUUCUUGUCUGUAACUGUAACAGAAUUGCAUUUGCAAUCUUACGUCCAUCAGAGUAAUGAAAGAACCUUUCAUUUAGGGAA